AGGUUGAUAAUAAAUGCUGAACGAAUAACAACCGAUCGUGUUGUUUACGCCAAAAGCCAGUUUUUCCGCUUAGAAUUUUCGAGAAUCUAGUAGAGAAUUCUUCAAAAAAACAUAUUUAAAGUUCGUGUCAACGUUAUAUUGUAAUCUGAAUUUAAAGAUAUCCGAGCAUUAAACAUGGGCAAAGAUUACUACAAAAUCCUUGGAGUUUCAAAAGACGCUGAUGACGACUCUCUUAAAAAGUCCUAUAGGAAAUUGGCUUUAAAAUUUCAUCCGGAUAAGAAUAAAUCUCCAGGAGCUGAGGAAAAAUUUAAAGAGAUAUCUGAAGCUUAUGACGUAUUGUCAAACAAGGAGAAGCGAAAACUCUAUGACCAAUAUGGAGAAGAAGGCUUAAAAUCCGGUGGCUUUGGGGGAGGCGGACCCUCAACUGGAGGCACUUCUUUCACUUACAACUUCUCUGGAACAGAUCCUUUUGAAGUUUUCCGAACGGCUUUUGACGGAGAAAAUCCUUUCUCUAGUAUGUUUAGUGGUUCUCGAGGUUUUCAAUUUAUGGAUGUUGACGACAGUAUGUUCGGACCACAUCAACAUUUUAAAACUCGAAGCAAAAGAGAGCAAGAUACACCGAUUGUCAAAGACUUACUAGUUAGUCUUGAAGAUAUUUAUAAAGGAGUAACGAAAAAGAUGAAGAUUACCAAAAAAGUCCCAUCGCCAGACGGGCGUAGCUUGCGACCGGAGGAAAAGGUGUUAACCAUAGAUAUUAAACCAGGUUGGAAGGAAGGUACAAAAAUAACCUUUCCGAAAGAGGGAGAUCAAAAUCCUGGAAGAGUUCCUGCCGAUAUAGUGUUCAUUAUAAAAGACAGACAACAUUUACAUUUUCAAAGAGACGGAUCGGAUAUACGUUUUAAGGCAAAAGUUGGUCUUAGAGAAGCUUUGACAGGAGCAAAUCUCAACGUACCAACACUUGACGCAAGUAAUAUAAAACUUGAAGUGAGAGACGUUAUAACUCCAAAAACAAUCAGAAGAAUUCAAGGGCAAGGAUUACCAAUUCCCAAAGAAGGUGGUAAAAGAGGAGAUUUAAUUGUAGAAUUUGAUAUAAUCUUCCCAACAAAUCUUUCUCAACGUCAAAAGAAUAUUCUACUCGAUACUUUACCUAAAACAACUUGUAGCUAA